AGUAAUCGUAGUGAAGUACACUUUGCAAUGAUGGACAUCCGGAAUGAAGUGAAAACCUCCGAUAAGGACUUUGAGAAGAAGAAAUUCGUUGUCCGUAAUGCAGCGGACGUCCAACGGGCCAAGUUGGAGAAGCUGAUGAAGAAUCCUGAAAAACCCGUCAUCAUCCCCGAGGGACCAAGGGAACGAGAUUUUUCUAAUGCCAUUCCUUCGUUUGUGCGAAAUGUGAUGGGCUCGAGUGCCGGAGCUGGUUCCGGUGAAUUUCACGUCUAUCGUCAUCUGCGUCGAAAGGAGUAUGCCCGGCAGAAGCACAUUCAGGAGAAGAGCCGUUCGGAACAGAUGGAUGAUGAUUUUCAGGACAGGCUAGAGCAGAACAAGCGAGACACGGAGGAAAAGACGGCGAAAAAACGAGCCAAACGGCUGAAAAAGAAAGUCAAGCAAAAGGCUAAUAGGGGCAAAAAACCUAGGAAGGAAGAGGACUCGGAUAAGAGCGAUAGCGAAGAGGAACAGGACGAGGUGGAGGAGGAGGAGGAAGUGAUAGAUACAUUGAAAGAAGGGGAUGGUGAAAAACGGGAGGAGGAGGAAAAUCAGGGGAAAUCUGAGCAAGAUGAGGGAAAUUGUGAAAAAAUCACUGAAAAUGUAAUAGCAGAGGAAGAAGGUAAAGCUGAAGGUUGUGAGGCAGAAGAAAUACAGCCAACAGAAAAAGAAGAGAAACAUGAUGAUGGUGAGAAGGAAGAAUUACAAAAGACACAAAAUGUUACUGAAAACAGUAAUGACGAUGAUGGCGAGGAUGCUAAAGAAGAAGAAAAAUAA